CCACUACCACAAACCACUCGGCUGCCCGCCGUGCGCGCAUAGACAAACGCGCUCUCCCGUCGUCGCCCGCUAUCGGCCCCGUCUCUGGUGCCGCCCGCCGUCGCAGUACACUCUCCUUGUUGACCGCCGCCGCCGCAGCGGCCGCCGUAGUGGUAGUACAGCCGUCGCCGUCGUGUUGCGUGAGCGAAGGAUUCACGCGCUCGCCCACUACGCGAGCGUGUUCGUCUCUAUUUCGCUUGCUUCUUUCCUCAUCUGACGCCUGCCCCACUGCUUCGGCCUGCUCGGCUCCCCUACGCGGAACUUUUUCUUGAGCGCACCGUCGUCCCUUGACGGCCCGGAUGACAUCGGCUCUGCUGCGAAGGUAGCGUGUACCCAAGAGGAAAACUCGCCGGCUUUCGACUGCGGGACUAGGCUUUCGCCUUACAGAGCGGCGCAAGCGAACGUCUCCGAGGUAAGGAGGUCUUCGUCCUUCGUUCCUGACUGUUCACUGGAGGCGUCGACACCGAAGACCGCACUCGCGUCAGGCUCAUUCCGAGCCGUUCUAUACGUACACGGAGACGCGAGCGACUUCAGCGCGGCCGACAUUUGAGGAAACUGUGGUCCGUCAAGCCUCCGUCCAGACAUUCUCCGGGACAAGAUGCAGUCUUCUAUGCUGUCCAGAGCAGCGGUCUUCGCCCUCUUCGGCUCGUGCCUCGUCUUCCGUUGCCUCGCCGCUCCCGCCAAUGGCCAGCCCAACAACCUGGUCGACGGUGGAGUUCCGGGCCCUGCCGACGUCGUGCCCGAUGGCGUGGCGAAGGCCAGCAACGACUUCGGCCUGGCCCUGUACCGGGCGUACGCGAACGCCAGCGCGACGGGGAACCUCUUCUUUUCGCCGUGGAGUCUGAGUCGCGUGCUCGGUAUGGUCUUGCUGGGAGCCCGCAACGAGACGGCAGCCGAGCUAUCUCGCGUUCUGGCCGUGGAUCGUUUCGAGGACCCAGCGGCGGCGCUCUCCGCGCAAAGUGAGAUGGCCAAGCACCUGCUGACCAGCUCGAGCGAGCUGGCAUCGACCAGCAUUGCGCUCACACGGGCGGGUGACGCCGUGUCAGCGGAGUACCGGGCCAACCUGGACCAGUACUUGGACGACGGCGGCGUCAUGGAGGUGGAUUUCUCGCGCUCGGAGGACCUGCUGAGCCGAGUCAACGGCGAAGUGUCUCGGCUCACGGGCGGUCGCAUUAAGGACGCCCUGCGAAGGUCCCCGGACCCUCUGAGCAAGCUGCUUCUGCUCAACGCCGUCCACUUUCGUGGCGUCUGGGAGAAGGCGUUCAACCCGAACGACUCCUUCGACGGCACCUUCCGCGGCGCCACGCGGAACACUCCCGUGCGCAUGAUGAGCGGCAAAGGCAAGUUCCCGCUGGCGUACGAAGGCGACGCGUACGUGCUCGAGCUCCCCUACACGGGCGAGAGCAGCCUCGUGCUCGCCCUGCCCAGGCGUCGCAACCACAAGGACCUGAGCGACAUCGAGGCCCGGCUCGAACAGAUCCUCGUGACGGCCAAGCCCGAGCUGCGUUCCAUUGAGGUCGAGCUGCCCAAGCUGACGGUCCGCAGCAGCCUGGACCUCAAGGAGCCUCUCAAGAAGAUGGGCGUCAAGGCGCUCUUCUCGGAGCACUACGCCGACCUCAGCGGCAUGCAGGCGGAGGGAGGCCUGUACGUCGAGGAAGUGCACCACGACGCGGCGCUCGAGAUCGACGAGAAGGGCACGGUGGCGAGCGCCUCGACGGUGGCCAUCAUCGUGAGCCGCAUCGGCACGCCGCGUUUCUCGGCCGACCGACCCUUCGUGUUCGCCAUCAAGCACAGGCCAACGGGUCUCCUGCUGUUCGUCGGUCGUGUCACCGACCUGUGAAAAAACAAGAAGUGACCCCGCGGCUGCUAAGCAGUUUGAGGGACGUAGAAAGUUAUGCGCUGGUGAUAAAAUAACUGCGCCCGUUAAUGUGCCUUGUACCGGCACACUGACGGGUAGCGUCUCAGUGCUGUGUUAUACGUGUACCACGAGGUUGCUGGGGCGUUACUUAGCAAAGUGCCUCUUCUGAGAAAAUCUGUGAUCAAUAUCGAUUCGGAACAGUCAGUUCGUUGGGCAAAUAGUGUGACCUUUCGAACAGAAAAAAAGGGGGUGAACUCUGCUAAAAGUUGUGAAGAGUUCCUUCAACAGCUUGAAUUUCUCGUAACAAGAAAUGUUCUUAUGGCGCCAGAAAACGGACUGAGCUUUAGCUAUUCGUUCAGUCCAGUGCAAAUUCAAGCUUUAGCAUCCAACGUAAACCUGCAAAAAACAUCCGUUCAAGGUUGCGGGCAUGUGAGGAGGAUGUUAAUCACACCACCAAACCGGUGGGGCCCGACAAUGCCUCAAAAAAAAUUUUUUUUCGGGACGGAUUCGAGGAACCUUGUUAUUCCAAGAAUUGUAUUUCUUGGCCAUUGAAAAGAACAGUGAGAAUAUGCCCGGUCGAGCUGAAUAAAACUGACGCGACAUCACUGGUCGAGAAACUCUAAUGCCUUUACUCCAUUUGCAGCCUUCCUUGAAAACACACGUUGUAUUCCAAAACAAUGAGUUAGCUAGCUAAAGCUGCAAAAUGUUCUAUAAGCUCGAGUUUUAGAACAUUUGAUCAAGGUUUAAGAUUGCUCGUCCACCAGCAUGUUGAAACGAGGCAAAUACGAUAAGCUGUAGGAGCGGGAAAGCUUUCUGAAAGGACACGUGGCCUUGACUGCAUUUCUUUUUCCUGCAAUCUCUUAGGUGGGGACAGUGCUGGACACGCCUACCAAGAAAUGUAUUUUUUAUUUCUAUGUUUUAUAGUGUGAUCGUGAACGCGGCUGUGCCGCUAUUUGCUGUAUAUACGCAUGUCGUGUAACGCUGAUGAAAUAUGUGGAGAAGUGGUAUAUUUGCAUGCAAUGUCAUAAUUUAGAGCAAAAUUUGGCAUUGCCAUGUUUCGCAUCGUUGCUAUUUCUGUCGGGCGCCGUCCCUUACUGGAGAAGUGGUUAAUGUUAAACGUGUGCAAGACCAUACAGGGACUUGCUAUCUUUCCCAUCUGUUUCUUAAAGACAGCUAUUUGUACUUAGCGUACACAUGUACUUUGCCAAAGAUCUUUAUUGUGAGUGUGAAAACAAAAACUUUAUAUAUGCGUGCGAUGAGAAUAUGCACGGCACUUUAUGGUUCUAAAGCUUUCUUGCCACCUCCGUCUUUGCGAUUCAAACAGCAGCAUUUUUCUGACACCUUGCGUGUGUCAGCGAAAAAACUGCUCCAGUUUGUUAGUACUGACUGAUGAACUGCUGUUUCUUGUCAUAUAGUCUGUGAUUGUCCUCGUUUUGUAAAUAGGUUAUCAACAGUCGUCUUGUGUGCGCGAACUAUUUGUGAACAAAAAUUAGAGCUUCGCUCACGACAUUGGCGAUUACGUAAAUAAAUGAAAGUUGUGAAAAGAAGCAAUACAGGAGUGCUAGUGCAGAUUCACUGAGUAACUAUAAUCAAACCUCCACCAUUUUCAUGUUGUUUUAGCGUCGAUCGAGUUCGCUGUGCAGUGGACACUUUCGUACUUUCGCGAUGUUUAUGGUUGUUUCAUAAUAAAAGAUAAUUGGAAGCUA